GGUCUGAAGGUGAAGUCACUGAAGUUAUGAUAACAUUGAAUAAUAAUUGUGUGUAAAAUUCUUGCAUUUAUAUUGAAAAAGAUAACAUUCAUUAUGUUUACUCUACACAACCAACUGGAGUUACGAAGGGUGACAAUAUCUAGUCUAAUAACAUGUAUCUACUUACCCAGCAUAGUUACAGUGAUAUCAUACAAGGGCUUACUUUACUCCGUGGGGAACGGAUCUUCAUUCUACAUUUUGGUCCUCAUUUUCGUCGCUGAACUGCUGAAAUCAUUCUACCUAAACUCGACCAACGAUAUCUUAGCGAAGAAAGCUAAAGUGAGCAAGAAUAGAGCGGGCGAUAUGUUGAAAGGAUUUGGCUUCCUUUUAGGGGUUAUGUUCUGUUUUUUCAUUGGAAUAAUUUUAUUUGGAGCUCCAGUGUUGCAUUGUCAUGAGGAGACGCUAAUGUUGUCGAGUUUGCUGACGCUUUUGACGGUGUUUCCGUUGGUCGCGCACACGGGAGUGGAGACAUCAAUGCAGUUGUUGUUUGGAGUGAAGAACUUUGCUAAAGACAGUGUGUUGGAGAUGUUAGUGAACAACGCGCUCCUGACGGUGUGCGGCGCGUGGCUGGGCGCAGUGGUGAUACCUCUGGACUGGAACACACCCUGGCAGGUGUGGCCCAUCCCCUGCUACCUGGGAGCUAUUGGGGGCUACCUGCUCUCAAAUGUUCUCAACGUCUUGAAAGUCGCGUUACUGAGUGCUGCACAAAAAUACCCAUCACUGAACUUUCUUGUAAAUAUUUUAAACAAAGUUCAUUUGAAGUAAA